UUUCAUUGUGCGAAAAAGAACAAGAAGGAGGCGAGUCCUAUAUAUCUUAAACAGCUAGACCCUUGAGGUAUACUUAGAUUUUCAAUUUUGCGACUGAAAAUUUGCGGUCGUGAAGUUAUUUUUAGUCGAGAACAAAGUCGAAACAAAAUUGAAACUCGUUUCUAGUCGGGAAAAUGGAGAAAAGUCGAUCACAGUCGAAACAUAAGACGAGCACUUACUGGAUUUUGGUCGAGCCGGUCGAAACAAAUCUGAGUUGGGCCGAGCAAAAUCGAGCAACAUUUUCCUUUGAUCGAGAAAGUCGAAAGAUUUUAAUCAAAAGACAAGUCGAAGACCUCGACCUGACUUUUUAUACUACUCCAUUUUUUCAAUUUUUAACAUAUUUUAAUGGAAAUAACGACAUGACGAGAAAAAGAAUGAGAAACAUUUUACAAUUCAAGUCGUUUUGAUUUUCGUAGCUCACUCGAAAGCAUGAAACAAACUUUUUAACAGAUUUAAUUUUCCUGCGUUUUCCCCGAUUUCAAUUAGAAUGUUUUUUACUGACAUGCUCCAUUUUUAGGUUUAAGGUUAGUCAAGAAAAAGUUAGUGAAGCAUUAUUUAGCAAAAUUUUUACCCUUCUUGCCGCCCAAAACAGAAGCAAACGGAACUCCGGUAAAUUUGUCAUGACAACCAGGGGCGAAUCUAAGAUUUUCUAAAUUUUUUAUCGAGUUUUUUAUAAGUCGACCAAAUUGAAUUUCCGACCUCUCCCAAAGCUCUACAAAGACCCUAUUUUGCGCAAAAACUAAUCUGCGCCGUAGGCAAAAUCUUUGAGAAAUUGCUAAAAAUGCCCUUUUCGAGCAGUUUUUGGAAAGCUUUCGCCAAAAGGUCGCUUUCUUUUUUGGCGCACGCGCCUUCCUCAAAAUUAGUAUAUAUUGGCUCCCCUUAAAUCCGCCCCUGAUGAUAACCAUUAUGCAUGUCUCGUUUGUUGGUCCAAAUGGCGAAACGCGGAGGAAGGAUGAAUUUUUAUGCAUAUGUAGUUACAUUAGUAGGGCUCCAAAUUGAAUUUCCAAUUCGGAAUUAAGCUAAGCGGCCUCUAAUUUCGUUUAUUGAACACUUUUCCCACAGGACCUCCAUUCCCCCCUCCCCUCCUCCCCAACUCUUCUGCUUUCCUAUCCCCUCACCUCUCGUCUUCAACUCUCUUCCUUCCUCUAGUAAGCCAUGCUUUACUGCGUAUUCUCCACUGUCUCACACUUAGUGGUGGGUUUUAUGUGGGCAUCCUAGGUAGAACAUACCUACUCUUCUUCCGUCAUUCGAUUCCCAGUUAAUUCCAUGCGCCUUCUUUCGCUCCUCCAAUUUUGAAUCUGAAUUUAAAUUCAUUUCUUAAAUUAGAGACCACAUUAUAUAACCCCAGCUAAAAAAGAGCUGCAUACUGAUUACUCAAUCUGGGAACAAGUUAAAAUAGAAAGAAACAGCAGAAAUACUUGGACCAACGAACUAGCGAAAAUCUUUUAAGUUGUGGAUAUUCGCAAUGGCGGGUAGAAGUUUUCCUGACAAGCGCAUCACACAGUCAAAAUAUUACUCAGUAUUUACCAGUGAAAUCGAAGCGGUCAGUUUGAAUCACAACAACUGCGACGACAGAACAUCGACAGUCUAUUCAGUACAGUAUGAUGCAACUCGUUUCGCGGGCAGAAAGUGCGACAAUCGGUUCUAGCAACGCUGCCCUGGAUGGCGACAACAACGACCCUGGAAAAAUGUUUGUGGGCGGACUCAGUUGGAGCACCACUGAGGAACGCAUGAAGGAAUAUUUUUCCAAGUUCGGCGAAGUUCUCGAGUGCUGCAUUAUGCAAGACUCCACUAGUAAAAAAUCACGAGGUUUCGGUUUCAUUAAGUUUGCCGACGCAGACGCAGUUGAUCGCGUGGUGGACUCAAAUCACCCCCAUUUGAUUGACGGCAAGAAAGUGGACCCGAAACGAGCAGUGCCCAAACACCAGUCCAAAGUUGUGAGCAAAACAAAAAAAGUGUUUCUCGGAGGCCUGCCGCCGGACACACACGAAGACGACAUCCGAGCUUACUUCGGCCAAUACGGAGAAAUAGAAGAAGUUAUGCUCAUGUACGACAAAAACACCCAGCGACUCCGUGGGUUUGCAUUCGUCAAGUUCACGAAAGAAGAGUCGGCGGAUGACGCGUGUCGAGAACACUACCACGAAAUCAAGGGUAAAAUGUGUGAGGCGAAAAAGGCACAGCCGAAAGAGGUCAUGAGUCAAAUGGCCGCCCAGAAGCCGAACCCAAAUUCGGGUUUAAUUGACCCGUUCCCCCUUUUUGUUCGGACGCAACAGAGUCUCAUGAGCUAUAACCCGACAGCUGCCGGAAUGAGCUAUCCGAACGCAAUUAUGAACAGCUUUCAACAGUUCGGCGCAGCUUUGAAUCCUCUCGGUCUCGCUACCAUGAACCCAAAUUACUACCCAAUGCUACUGUCCAGUCUUGGAAACCAUGCCGGUGCGGCCCCCUCCCCCUCGCUAAGCAACCUAUCUUGUUUAAGCAGCCCACCGAGCAAAAAAGCACUUCAGAGUCCAGGUCUUGCAAUCCCCCAAAACCACUUUUUGUACCCCGCAGACACUACACGUGCAAUCACACCUGCCGGAAUGAGUCAGCAGCAACAUCAUCAGCAGAAACUGACAGAGAUUGCAAUGAUGACAGCUGCGAACCCCCAACAGCUAGCCAUGACAUCCCAGACAUCGCAGGCUAUUGCGAUUCCUUCCAGCAAACAGCUGGCCCACACACCCCCGGCCGCAGUUGCAGGGUUCCAGCCGGGCAUGGGUGCCGGAAACAUUUUUGAGAUGUACCAAAAUGGGAUCUUGUUUAACCAGCUAGCCCAGCAAAGUCUGCAAGGAACCCCCUCAAACGGCAAUAUUUUCACGACGGACAACUCGCAGGCGCUAUUAGCUGCGUUUAACGGCUAUCAGUAGUAGAUACCAUAUAAGCUAAUGAAAUAACGAUUCAGCAGUAUCAAAUUUGCUAAUCAGUGGAUGGUUUUGAAAAAAAGGAACUUACCAUUCCAGACUUAAUUAUGUUAAUUAACACAUGCAAAAUGAACUUGCCCAUUUUUAUCUGAUUACUAUUUACCCUUUUCAUGUUGUAAUCUGUCACAUAUUUCGUAUGUAUAUUUAUUUUUCGAUAUUUUGUUUUUGUAUCACUUACGUUCAUUUAACUCAAGGUGCUAACGAAUUUUACCAAAUUUAAAUGUCAACUUUAAAUUUAUCCAUUCCCCCUCCGAGCGUCAAUUUUUUGGGUAAAACCCAAUUGGUGGAAUUUUGAGAAGUUUUAAUGACAUCAGUUAAUUGUUUGUUUUAUUUACAUCCUAUAUACCCUCAACACUCAAAAGUAUAUGUGCAAUUUAUUUUGUAAAUGGACCACCAUCAAUUAAUAACUCUGAGAAAUAGUGCAGUAAAAAUACCUUCUGUUAUGAGAGCGUGUAGUUACAAAGAUGAAACUGAAACUAUUUUUGCAGCCCAUGAGCCAAAGUUUCAACCAUUUUAUUUUACACUCUUGCUGUGUAAUAUUUCCAGAGUAUGAAUUGUUACCAAAAAACGUUACAUUAAUAACUUACGGAGUGGAUUCUGUUUCAAAGAGAAUUUAAUGUGAUCAAUUUAUAAAUUUAAUAUUUAAUUAUUAGACAAUAUCAUGAUAUAAAUUAAGAAUUGACAAAAUAA